UUGCUCAAAGAGAAGGGUCUGUUACCAGAGCUUAACUUGCAAAUAGAUAUUAUUGUGUGUGCCUUGGAUGAAGAUCUUCAAGAAUGUGCUGCUAUGGUUGCUAACAUUCUCAGAGAAAAAGGGCGGAGUGUUGAGUUGGUUUUGGAAAGCAAACCACUUAAAUGGGUUUUUAAACGAGCAGCCAGAGUAAAUGCUGAGCGGCUCGUAUUGGUGGGAAAUUCUGAAUGGCAAAGGGGUAUGGUUGGUGUCAAAGUUCUCUCUACUGCUGAACAGUACGAGGUUAAAUUGGAUGAUCUAAAGUAAAUCAGAAAUUGAAUUUUUUGUGGUUUAUGUACUUUGCUUCAUUAUUGGUAUUUCAUUUACCUUUAUUUUUAUGUAGUCCUUGAGUACCUGUUUGUAUGUGUACAUAUACAUACUCACCUGGGUGCAUAUAUGCAUCUGUUAUUAUACAUACACCAAAACUUCUGCUUCUGUUACAUUAUUUAUCCAAUUAAGUUUUUCACCCA